UAUUCAGCACUCUCCCGGAGGUCCCUGACUCUGGCUGUGCUCUCUCUCCCACACAGCUAUAAUAAACUCUCUCCUCCACCAUAUCUGGGAACAGUCAUGUUCCUUUUCCUUUCUUAUUUCUUUUCUUUCUUUUUCUUUUUUUUUUUUCCCAUUCAGAGUGUGUUUCUAACUCGUCACACUCUUCCUUUUCCUGUGAUGACAAGGUCGGUGUGAAGCUUUGUGUUUCGAGCUUGACAGGAUCUAGAUGAGCCUCAGGUCACACCUCUGAGGGAUCGUCUGCCUUAGGUUAACUGAGGUAGAGCAUCUGCUAUGAAAAGUGACCAGGACUUGGGUCCUCCCUGCAUAAAGAGAAGAAGGCUACAGACUAGUGAACUCAUUAGUCAUCAACACGAGGAGUCAUGUCUUCAGCUUCUCACAGACAGACAGAGCGAUGGUAAUUGCUGUCAUGUCUGCCGCCCAAUUUGGAUAUCUACAAGAAACUGGACCCUCAUGAAUUCCCUUGAAGUAAGCUCAGACCUGAAUGGACACUGAAGAUUCUCCAUCCUGUCUCAGAAAUAUGUAGCAUGCUUCCUCCCCACCCACAGAUUUAAAAACAAAACAGUCAGUGUAGUGGCUGCACAUCUAUCACUCCAGAAAUUCAAAGUCUGAGGCCGGAGUACUGGGAGUUCAGACAAGCCUGGGUUACAUCCCUAGACCCAGAGCCUGAGAGGACCAGAGCUAGCAAGUCUUCCAAGGGUGAAAAAGAGUCAAGUACAGGACCAGGCCCAGACCUGCUGAGGUCCCCCUGACCUGAGGCUCCCACAGAGGGUGUGGGAAGCAGACAUGUAGGAGGUGCCCAGGACAUAGAAGAAGCUCUUAGAGGAACUGACCAGCCCACGGCAGGCUGCUCUGAUGUACUUCCUCUUUCCCAGCCAGCCUCCUCCAGCCCUCUUCUCUCCUUCCUUUUCUCUCUCAUGCUAGUUUAUGCGUCAGUUCCUGAACGAUGGGGAAACUUCCUGACGCUACGAAGUCGCCCAAAGGGAGGCUAGACCCCAUUCUGCGCGCUAGGCUGGGACCUUGAAGCCUGGAGCGCCUACCCGGCAGCUCUGAGAGAGACACCUUGAACUACCAUCCUGCCUUCUGGUAAGCACCUAACCAUGUCCCUGGCUGAGGCCAUCAGACUCUGGAAUGAAGGGGUGCUCGCAGCCGACAAGAAGGACUGGAAGGGUGCCCUGGAGGCCUUCAGCGAGGUGCAGGACCCCCACUCGAGGAUUUGCUUCAACAUAGGCUGCGUGAACACUAUCCUGGAAAACUUGCAGGCAGCCGAGCAGGCCUUCACCAAAAGCAUCAACAGAGACAAGCACUCUGCAGUGGCCUACUUCCAGAGAGGAAUGCUCUACUACAGAAUGGAGAAGUACGACCUUGCUAUCAAAGACCUUAAAGAGGCCUUGACGCAGCUUCGUGGGAACCAGCUGAUAGACUACAAGAUCCUGGGGCUGCAGUUCAAGCUGUUUGCCUGUGAGGUAUUGUACAAUAUUGCUCUCAUGCAUGCCAAGAAAGAGGAAUGGAAGAAAGCAGAAGAGCAGUUGGCAUUGGCAACCAACAUGAAGUCCGAGCCCAGGCAUUCCAAGAUCGACAAGGCCAUGGAGAGCAUCUGGAAGCAGAAGCUGUUCGAGCCCGUGGUGAUCCCUGUGGGUCGGCUGUUCCGUCCAAAUGAGAGGCAGGUGGCUCAGCUGGCCAAAAAGGACUAUCUGGGCAAGGCUACGGUUGUAGCAUCUGUGGUUCACCAAGACAACUUUUCUGGCUUCGCCCCUCUGCAGCCACAGUCAGCAGAGCCUCCUCCCAGACCCAAAACCCCAGAAAUCUUCAGGGCUCUGGAAGGUGAGGCACACCGCGUAUUGUUUGGCUUUGUGCCGGAGACGCCAGAAGAGCUACAGGUCAUGCCUGGGAACAUCGUCUUUGUCUUGAAGAAGGGCAGUGAUAACUGGGCCACAGUCAUGUUCAAUGGACAGAAGGGGCUUGUCCCCUGCAACUACCUGGAGCCAGUUGAGCUUCGGAUUCACCCUCAGUCGCAGCCCCAGGAAGAUACCUCUCCAGAAUCCGAUAUUCCACCACCUCCUAAUUCUAGCCCCCCAGGAAGACUCCAGUUGUCACCAGGUCACAAGCAAAAAGAGCCCAAGGAACUGAAGCUCAGCGUGCCUAUGCCUUACAUGCUCAAGGUGCAUUACAAAUACACAGUGGUCAUGGAGACGCGGCUUGGCCUCCCCUACAGCCAGCUUCGGAACAUGGUGUCUAAGAAGCUGGCGCUCUCGCCAGAACACACUAAACUGAGCUACCGGCGUCGGGACAGCCACGAGCUUCUGCUCCUGUCCGAAGAAAGCAUGAAGGAUGCCUGGGGCCAAGUGAAAAACUACUGCCUGACUCUGUGGUGUGAGCAUACGGUGGGUGACCAAGGUCUUAUUGAUGAACCCAUACAAAGGGAAAACUCAGACGCCAGUAAGCAGACUACGGAGCCUCAGCCUAAGGAGGGGACCCAGGUGGUAGCAAUCUUCAGUUAUGAGGCUGCCCAGCCAGAAGACCUGGAAUUUGUGGAAGGAGAUGUAAUCCUGGUACUGUCACAUGUGAAUGAAGAAUGGCUGGAAGGGGAGUGUAAAGGGAAAGUUGGCAUUUUCCCGAAGGCUUUUGUUGAAGGAUGUGCAGCCAAGAAUUUGGAAGGCAUUCCCAGAGAAGUCUAGGAUCUACAAAGCUGAAGCAAAGUGUUGUUUUUCCCCUUGCAAGACUUACCCAUCUCUGCUGUGCGCUAUACAGACACACCAGUUUGGAAAUGUGGCCUAACUUACCAUUUCCCUAUUAAAAUUGAACCUGUCACACAGCAAUAUGACAACUCAGAAGAUUUUCUUACAGAUGGAGGAGGGGGAGACAAAUUUUCUGCAAAGGAAAUGAAGGUUUGUGUGUGUGCUGGCUACGUGAAUGUACUUAAGAAUUCCCAGAGCUGCACACCAAUGGGCACACCUUUCUGCUGGGAAAACAGGACACCCAGUGUCCAAGUCCAACAGUUCAGUGGAAAAAUAAUUAAUAAAGGGUUCUUCCUUUAUUAAUUGCUUGGGUUCCAGAAGCUUAAAGCAAAUUUAUAUGUAAUCCUGAAGGUACACACAGACAACUCAUUAAAAAACUUAAGCUGCAUUAAAGAAAAGGCAGAUUGAAUCAGGUUCCCAUGAAGCACACCAUCCAGUCCCAAGGAGAAUGGAACUCUUAGAAUGACAGCCCUUUCUGUCCCUCAGAUGGACAAACAGGAAGAGAAAUCAACCACCCCCCAGAUCACAGCCAUCACUGUUGGCUUUCAUCAGAUUCAAUGGCUUUUAUAGGCCAGAGGAUGCCUCUGCCUCCCAAGUGCUGGGAUUAAAGGCAUGCGCCACCACUGUCCAGCUAUGGCAGACAUUUUAAGCUAGCAUUUCUAGAACAAGUCACUGGAUGCUAAGAAAAGCAAAACCCAUCCCCAAGCCUACCCAGUUGUGGCCAUUUUUGUUUCUUGCUGACAAGUGAGCAGUUGAAGUUCUAAGCUGUAUUUUUACUGCUAUAUCCUUUAAGGUAGAAUAAAUCCUCUACACACCGA